UUAGUUUGUCACUCUUGGUCAUUCAUGCAGUUUACAAAGGCCAUUGGUCAGCUGUCCAAUCCUCCCUCUGUUUAACGUCGUCGAUGUCAUCAUAGCACUUGCGCGGUUUUAUAUAACGUAAAAUGACAUUUGAUCUUCCAAAAGCGCAUACAGGAAAGGCUCUGAGUCAUAACUCGCCUGCAAAGCCUUGCAACGACUGUUAAAAUCAUUACAGUCAAAACACAGUCGAUAAUAUAUGAGCCCACAAUUACCAGCGAUCGUAGUGGCUUUCACCAAUGCAAGGCUUCACAUCUACCAAGAUCCAUCAAGCUAGUAGGUACUCCAGAUAAUUCUAAAUCUCUCGCCGAUGGAAGCAAACUUACGCCGGCAAAGAACGAUGUUGUAUUUGGUAAAAUUAUAGCAAACAUAUAUAAACUCUUCAAGAUAUUUACUAUCAUAUAGUUAGGACGAGUCUAGGCCUGAAAGUGUUUGUUUUAAUGAUUUUUAUUCGAAUCAAAGAUAUCCACGGUUUAUACAAGGAUUAUAUUGUCGGCCGCCGGAUCGACGUUGGCGUUACUACUUGGCUCUGUUCGAUAGCGUGGAUAUAUAUAUAAUUUCCUUUGAUAAGCUUUAGUUAUUUUCACUCAGUCAGGAUGAAGUUGAAGCUCCAUCGUUCAAGGCAGGUCAUCGUUGUAGCCUUGUUGACUUCGAUUUUUUGGUUUAUGUUGAAUAUUAUUCUUUUAUAUACCUACCAAGGCAAUAUAUUCUUAUCUCUACGACAAGGAACUCAAAGUCGAGAGGAGGGACAAGCAAAUGUUUUACCGGGGAAUUUAAAUGGCGUACGAUUGCCACGUGGUCAGACGCAUCAAAAACAGCAUCAACAAGAACCAACUGUUUUGGAAAAAAUUCCAAAAAUUGAAGAAUCACAGAACCAAGAAAACGAAGAUAGUAAUAAAGAUAAGGAUGAAGACGAUAAAAACUGGCUUAAACAAUACAUAGGAAAUGUUAAAUCUCCAACAAGUUCAGAAGAUAGUGAUUUACAUAAUGCAGACCAGAAGAUCAAGGUAAUGAAGGAAGAAAACAAGGACUCCAUUAAGCCAAAGGUUACAGUGAAGACAGAACAGGUUCAGCCUUCAAGAAAAGAAUUUGAUUUUGAAACGGAACCGGUUGCACGAGAUCCGAACGGCCCAGGAGAAAAUGGACAAGCUGUCAGCAUCAAGGAGAACGAGAAGAAGGAAGAGACUGAAGGAUAUAACCAGCAUGCUUUCAAUGAGCUUGCGAGCAGGAAGAUUUCCCUGCAUCGAUCUAUCCCAGAUACUAGAGAACCAGGGUGCGCUGUUAAGAAGUACCCUAACGAUUUACCCACUACGACUAUAGUUAUAUGUUUCCAUAACGAAGCAUGGUCUACUCUGCUACGUACGGUUCACAGCGUGAUUGACAGGAGCCCCGCCCAUCUGCUUCGAGAAAUUUUACUUAUCGAUGAUUACAGUACUCAUGAUUACUUGAAGUCUAAGCUACAAGCAUACGUCUCUUCUCGCCUUCGCAAGGUUCGAAUUAUCCGAACAAAUAAAAGAGAAGGCCUCAUUCGUGCGCGACUCAUCGGCGCACGCGCAGCAAAGGGAGACGUCAUCACAUUCCUGGACGCUCACUGUGAGACCAAUGUGGGAUGGCUAGAGCCGCUUCUGAGUCGUAUUCACUCUGAUCGAACUAUCGUAGCCGUGCCUGUUAUAGACAUUAUCAAUGCAAAGAACUUUAGGUAUUCUGGGACACCCUCUGGGGUCAUUGGGGGCUUUAGUUGGGACAUGCAGUUUUCUUGGCACUCGUUACCGUAUAGCCGUCAAAAGGAGAGAAACGACAAAACGGACCCUAUCAGAACACCGACCAUGGCCGGAGGAUUGUUUUCUAUCGAUCGAAAGUAUUUUUUUGAGUCUGGUUCUUACGACGAGGGAAUGGACGUCUGGGGAGGAGAGAACUUAGAAAUGUCGUUUAGGAUUUGGCAAUGUGGCGGUAAGCUAGAGAUCCUGCCAUGUUCGCGAGUUGGCCACGUGUUUCGUACUCGCUUCCCGUACAGCUUCCCAGGGGGGUACACCGAGGUCAGCGUGAACCUUGCACGCGUUGUAAGAGUAUGGAUGGAUGACUAUAAGACAUUCGUGUACAUGAAGAGACCAGAUUUGAAAACUCUUCAGUAUGGAGAUAUCAAGUCCAGAUUAGAUCUCCGUAAAAGACUUAAAUGCAAGGGCUUCAAGUGGUACUUGGAUAACAUCUAUCCCGAACAGACACUGCCUGGAGGAGAUGCGAAGGUUUAUGGCGAGAUCGCUAAUCCAUCGAACAGAAUGUGCAUAGAUACGAUGGGUAGAGGAAUGGGUGGUGCACUUGGUUACUCGCUUUGUCAUGGAAUGGGAGGAAAUCAGUUGUUUUUCCUGACUGCCAGUGGUCAGUUACAAUCAAGUGAUGAAGCAAACCCUGUUUGCGUAGAAGCGAUGGGUGAAGAAAUCCUGUUGAUGGGAUGCGAUACGAACUCUGAAUCUGCGCAGUGGACAACCAUGGGUAAGAGUAUAUACCACAAAGCAAGGAAAAAGUGUCUGGAAUCUAAUGCAAAAACGGGAACUUUUACACUUAAGACGUGUUUUGGUUCAGCAGCCCAAGAGUGGGUGUUCUCUAACAAGCACAGAUGAAUCAAGCAGUAAAGAGAAUCCCAUGAGGCAUAUUCUUAAUGAAAUUCAAUCUUGUCAACAAAGCAAUAGAAUUUAGAAUUGCAAUUCAUCUGUUUGUCCUCCAAAUUUCUGGGGUUUUAAUCAGCUGAUAAAAGUCUUUAAAUCUCAUUAUCUGCUUCAAAUGGUGGUCAAACACUGACCACAAUGUGCUGUCAACCAGAAGGAAUUCUUGUGAAUCAACUGAUCAACAUUCUGCAUGAGACAAGAAUGAUCAUGUGACAUCAAGUGAAUCAAAGGCUGCCCUAGCAGAAGUAUGACUAUGUUUUAUAUAUAUUGCAUACUUCUAUGCAUGGACUUUCGUACAUUAAACUGACAUAUUUUGGUGUGAAGCUGGCUGGUUUUACCAAAUAAGGCAUGUAAAAGCUCAUUUGGCAGCGCAAAGCCUGUACAUAGAACCUGGUGGUGUAAUGUUGUGUAUAGAAAAGUAAAUAAGAUGAAGCUUAGUCAUUAUAGAAAUGGUCCUUAUAGGGUGUAACAUUUUUCAGCGUUUUUAAUGUAAAAAUCCUUUUUCUCAGAACUUAGCUCUUUGACAAGAGUAUUCAAACAACAGGGUUAUAAAAAUUUUCUUCAGAAUAAAUAUUAUAGUAAUUUUUAUUUUAUUCCAAAAAAAAAUAAAUUGGGAAUCUAAGUAUAGAUUUUGAUUAUGAAUUUAUCUUGGUGUAAGGGGUUUUAAGUUUUAAAAGUCCUAUAUUCUAUUUGACAUAAUCUUAAUAUUUUCUUUUUCAUGGGAGCAUGUGAUAUCCUACACAUACAGGUAGAUACCAUGUUGGUUGACUUAAACAAAGGAUUUUUUAAUUUGCUACAUCAACCAAUUUGGCCAUCACAAUUUUUGUUCCUUUAUUCUCACAGAAAGGAAAGAUAUCACCUUCAGCUACUGUCUUGUCCUUUCCCUGUUACUCUAUUAAGUACCUUUGUCAUUCUAUUUUAUUGACUUCAGAUUUUUGUAAACCAUCAAUCCAGCCUGCAUAGAAGAAAAAAGUUAAGGGAUCUUGGCUCAUUUUAAAUAUGUUGUUAAAAGAUGACAUAUCAUAAAUAAUGAUAACAAUAAUAAUAAAGUCUUUAGCGAAAUGAUACAGUACAUAUAACAUUGUGAAAACUAAGAGAAUAGAAAGUGGAAAUAUGAAGAUUCAAAACACUAAAGAUCUAUGAUAGUACACCUGGAGCAGUACAAAUAAUAUUAACUAUUAUUAAAAAUGUAUUUAUAAAUGUA